AUGGGUCCUACCACCGUCACUCGAGGCCGCAAUGAUGUGCAGCUAGCACAAAAUGUGGCUGGAGCGGAUUUCAAAGACUUCAGCUAUGAGGUGCGAGUCACGUCUCCAAGUAACGGAGAGGAGAAUCCUGAUGAGAUCACUCUUGAGACCUGGCAUGCAGACGAGGCUCAAAAAUCGGCCAACGUGGUGACCCAGGAUGCACCUCGAGGUAUGCAGCAGGCAGAGGCUGCAGCGUUGGCUUGGAGUAAGAAGAUUGCCUAUCUCACUUAUGCCCUGAUCUGGCUCUCCUUCUUUAUGCUAGCCCUACAAUCCUCAAUUAGCAGCAAUGUGAUCCAGAAUGCCUACGCCACCUUUGAAGCUGCCCCUCAAGUGAGCACUGCAAGCAUUGCAGCCAGCGUGAUCAGCGGUGUCGUCAGACUCCCAGCUGCGAAGUUGUUGAACGUCUGGGGAAGAACAGAAGGAUUUCUAGUCUUCGUCGGUGUUUACCUCCUUGGACUUGUCAUUCUUGCAGCGUGUAACAACCCCAGCUCCUAUGCAGCCGGUUACGUGCUCUACUGGGUCGGCUAUGAUGCGGUUUAUCUCAUUCUCGAUGUAUUCAUGGCCGAUACUGCCGGGAUGCGUAACCGAGCCUUUGCCUUUGGUUUCGCCAGCACUCCUUUUAUCUGCACGGCAUUCACCGGCCCCUUGGCAGCAGAGUCAUUCAUCAAGACAGCAUCAUGGCGCUGGGCAUACGGUGUCUUUGCUAUUGUGAUGCCAUUUGUAUUCAUUCCUCUGGCCGUGAUAUUCAAAUUCUACCAACGAAAGGCGGAGAGUAUGUAUAUCUACGGUCGGGAGCCGAGUGGUCGGACUGUUCUUGAAUCAAUAGUCCAUUACUUUCACGAAUUUGAUGUAAUCGGUGCAUUUCUCUUGACCGCCGCCUUCCUCCUCCUUCUCCUCCCAUUCAGUCUCGCAUCAUACGGACGCGCCGAGUAUAAGAGUGCCACUUUCAUCUGUAUGAUUGUCAUCGGAUUUGUGCUGUUCUUUGUGUUUGGCCUCUGGGAGCGAUUUGGGGCGCGCAAUCACUUCAUCAAAUGGCGAGUAUUCAAGCAGCCCACGGUAGUAGGGGCCUGCGGUCUUGCAGGGUGCCUCUUCUUUAGUUACUACACUUGGGAGCUUUACUUCUACAACUUCUGCAUGGUUGUCUACGAGCUGAGCAUCGGCAUGGCCGGCUACGUCGGGCAGAUCUACAACGUGGGCUCAUGCUUCUGGUCUGCUGUCUUCGGUAUAGCUGUCUAUCUCACACGGCAGUUCAAGUAUACCUGUUUGGGAUUCGGACUACCCCUGGUCUUACUUGGGGCAGGGUUGAUGAUCCACUUUCGAUCGGCUGGUGGAGGCAUCGGGUAUAUUGUGAUGUGUCAGAUAUUCAUUGCCUUUGGUGGUGGCACCCUAGUCAUCGGUGAAGACAUGGCAGUCAUGGCUGCCUCAGAUCGUGAGGGUGUCCCCAUGAUGCUUUCCUUGAUUGGUCUCUUCUCGAGUCUGGGCGGUGCCGUAGGCUAUGCAGUUGCGGCUGCGAUCUACACCAACACCUUCCCUGGUGCACUGAGGGAUGCAUUACCCGAGGGCAGCAAGGACAAAGCGAUGGAGAUCUACGUGGGCGGGUAUAUCACGCAGCUCAAGUAUCCCGUUGGUUCCGCUAUUCGUGAUGCCAUUAAUACGGCCUACGGCGUCUACAUGAAAUACGCGUGUAUUGCAGCUGUGGUAGCGAUGGCCCUGGGGAUCCCCUGCGUGGCCAUGUGGAAGAACUUCCGGCUGAACAAGCCACAGAACAAGGGCGAGGUGAUCUGA